AUGCAAGUUAUAAAUUUUUAUUUGGUGAGUAUUUUUUUGUCUUGUAUUAAAUCAAGCCUCGCUCCGACCGUUGGAGCUGCAAUGACAAUGAAAUCCCCUCUUUUGUUAAAAAACAGUGUCAUAUCGAGUCAAAAUAAAAAUAACGGCAGCGCUUUUCUAUCUCUCAAGGGUAAUCAUUUAACGAAGAAAUAUCCGAAGAUUACAUCAAAAGCCAUGUCUGUAAAUAGUAGUAAUUCUACGCAAAUGUCGAUGUCGGCAAUAGAAAAAAAUAAUUCAGACCCUUUUGCACAAGAUUAUAUUAACUAUAAUUAUGAUCAAUUAGAAGAUACAUUCUACGAUAAUCCGGGUCCACCUGGGACCCCUCCGUUCAACUUGUAUAAAGCUACAGUAGGUGUCGUCAGAACUGUAUUUAACACUUUGCAAAGUAUACAAGAAAAUAAUAUGACACAGAAAUUCUCAAUUGCUGAUGUUAUUGAAGAUAGUUUCGGAAUUUUUGAUGAUAUUUCUCUAACAGUGACUGGUUCAAUGUCAAUACUAUACUUCCUAAAAAUAAAUUCAGAUCGUUUAGGAAAAGCGUUUAAUUGCUUGUUUGACGCUAAACACAUGGUGAAAAAUGCUGAUUAUAGGGAAAACUUUAUAAGUAAAAUGGAAACGUUGAUAAAUGAUAUAGGAGUAUUUAGGAAUAAACAUCUGAAAUAUCAGUUUGGAAAUGUUGAUCUUGAUACUGUUGCUAAAAAUCUAGAGGCCGUUCUAUUCGAUUAUAAAGUAGGCAAUUUUAAUUAUAGUGAUAUUGACGUUAAUGUACAGUUAAUGAAAAACAUGGUGCUGAUAAACCAAACAGAUAGUAAAGUAUUGAAUAAAGUGAUCAAAUCAAUAUCAAAAGACUUCUUGCAAGAAGUUAUAGAUAAACAAUAUGAAGUAGAUGGAUCGUCGAUAGCAAAGCGACACUCUGAAGCAAUGCGUAAUGUGAUGCCUGCUGUAUUCAGUCUAUUGAUCAACCAUAUCGAAGUAUUAAAAAUGUUGUCAACGCUUGAAGUUCAUGAGGAAAAUAAAAAAACGAUUCAAUUCGCGAAUAAAUUGUUGAAAGCGAUUAUGUCUUUUUUCAUAAACCGUUUAAAAAAUUUUGGUGAAUUAACCAAAAAAGAACUAUCAGAUAUAAACAUUCUAGACCAAUUGAUACUAACUCUGGACACUGGUGAAACGGAACCAAUCGAAGCACCAAGUACAUCCAAAAUAGAUAUUAAAUUAUUAUUGCCUUUAACGAAACAGGCCAUCGCUGCAGUAUUGAAUUUAACAGGAAAAAAGGCUACAGAAAAUUGGGAAGAUCAUAACGUAUUUAAAUUUAAAACUUUCCUAAAAAAUCAAGGUGAAGAAUAUUAUAUGAAUCUGUUAACUGAAAAUGCUAAUUUAUCUUGUUUGUUGGUAAAACAAUUUGAAGGAAGUAUUUUAGAUGAAGUUGAUUAUAUUAUGUCUGAGAAUGAAGGCAACGAAGAAGUUUUUUAUCUUUAA